CAUUUCAUGCGUACAAAAAUAUCGCGUCAAAUUUAAAACACAUUUCGUUCGUUCAACUCCCAAAAGUUCCACCUAAGAUUACACCAUUCUCAUUCGCACGCGAUCUGAAUGUCGGCGACCGCACGAGCAUACAAUGUGUCAUUGGCACCGGUGACCUACCGCUCACAUUUACCUGGCUUAAGGACGGACAGCCGCUGCAGCAAAUAGCCACAACCAUCACAUCGUCAGCAGCAGCGGCCGCAACAGGACAUAAUCGCCUGAUUGUCGGCGGUGGUGGUGGUGGCAGUAGUAGUGGUGUGAAUUAUAUAUUGCGCGAUGGCGGCGGCGGCGGCGGUGUUAGCGGUGGGCAUCAUAGCGGUACCGGUGGCGUUGCUGCAUCAGGUCCAUCAGGUGGCACAGCCUACGACGAUCCAGCUUCAGCCUCAGCAUCAGCGGCUGCGGCGGUAUUAAUGUCAACGAAUGCGGAUGGUAGUAGCGGUGGUGUAGAUGGUGGCGCUGGCCAAGUGACAAUUCGCCAAAAUGAUGAUUUUACCAGCGCCCUCAGCAUCACAAGUGUGACGCGAGCACAGAGCGGCACCUAUACGUGUCGCGUCCAAAACGAUGCCGCCACUGUAUCGCACUCUGCACAGCUAAGAGUCAAUGUACCACCUCGUUGGAUACUUAAACCCACCGACCAGGAUGCCAUACUUGGCAACCCUGUGGCCAUAACAUGCAAAGCUGAUGGAUUUCCGAUACCGAGUGUACAAUGGAAACAAUCGAUUGGAGACUCUGGGGAAUAUCGUGAGCUCAGUUAUGGCAUAGGCAAUGGCAAUUCGCAAUCUGUAAUUGAAACAUAUAAUAAUGGUUCACUAAUAAUACCGAAAGUUGGACGUGAGCACGAAGGCAGUUAUUUGUGUCAAGCGAGUAAUGGAAUUGGCGCCGGCUUGAGUACAUUGAUUAAGCUCACUGUGCAUGUGGGCCCCUCAGUAACGGUUUCAAAGAAACAAGUUUCCGUCCGACGCGGUGAUCGCGUUACGUUGCGUUGCGAAGCUGAUGGUGAUCAACCGCUUAAUAUAACAUGGCGUGCCAAGGCCAAUCAUAUUGAUCCUUCCUAUGAUAUACGCUACCACAUAAAAGAUUCGCCGCUCAGCCGUGGUAGUGUGUCGGAAAUGACGAUACUACAGACUAUACUUAAUGAUCGUGGUGAAUACACCUGCAUUGCCACCAAUAAUUAUGGGCAUGAUCGUGCCGUAAUCCAUCUACAAGUGCAGGAGCCACCGAAUUUUCCCGUCAAUUUGCAUGUUACCGAUUUGGGCAGUCGUUCAGUGACGUUGGCUUGGUCGCCUAAUGAUCAAGAUUCUAUUUUUAUGAAUAACGGCGGCAAUAAUCGCGAUUCCCAACCGAUAUCGAACUAUAUUUUACAAUAUAAGAAAGCUGGCGAUGUUUGGCACGAGCAUAAUAACCAAAAAUUGCUACCCGGUGAUAAAACGACGGCGCAAAUUGGUUCCCUACGUCCCGCGCAGGCGUAUCACUUUCGACUAUAUGCUGAAAAUCAUUUGGGCACCAGCGCACCGAGUGACAUUUUGUUAGUUCAAACCGACGCUGAAGUGCCAAGUGGUCGUCCACAAGAUGUUUCGGCUGAACCCUUGGGACCGCAACAAUUGCUCAUCACUUGGCGUCCACCAGAGCGUGAGACCUGGAACGGUGAACUUCUGGGCUAUACAAUAGCAUAUCAGAAGCACGGUGCUCCUGAUAGUGUACAGAACUUUACCAAAGUGAGUAGUUUAGGAGGUGAAGGUCUGAACGACUUUCGUCUCACCGGUUUGGAGAAAUACACGCAGUAUGCUAUAACUGUGUCUGCGUUCAAUGUGAAAGGGGAUGGACCGCCGAGUGAGUUGACGAUGGGUCAUACCUUAGAGGAUGUACCAUCAGCGCCACCACAAGGUGUUACCUGCAUUGCGUUAACAGCACAAAACAUACAGAUUUCCUGGCAAGCGCCACCAAAAGAGUCUAAUCAUGGCAUUAUUCAAGGCUAUAAGCUGCUCUACGAACCCGGUAAUAUUGAGUCAGAGUAUGGUACACGCGAAACAAAGAUCACUUCAGCGCUGAGCACAGUCUUACAUGGCCUCCAGCCUUUCACAAAUUAUAGCGUACAAGUUUUGGCUUUUACACGCGCAGGUGAAGGUGUGCUCAGUCCCACCGUGUCCUGCACAACCGAGGAGGCAGUGCCAGAUGCGCCAGAGCGCGUCAAAUCUGUCGUAAGUAGUGAGUCCUCUGUCAUUAUCAGUUGGUUGCCACCACGUCGACCCAACGGCAUUGUGACCAAAUACAAUGUUUAUAUACGAAUACUGGAUAAAGGGCAAGAGUUGAAAAUUCUCAAGGAAGUGCUACCAGCGAAUAAUCGCCACUUCGAAGCCAAAGAUCUAAUGUUACGCGAAACAUAUGAAGCUUGGGUUACAUCAUCUACUCGUGUGGGUCAAGGACCCAGCACGCCGGUAAUCAAGCUGAUACCAAGCCCUUCAGUGCCAGCAGCAAUCAUAUCAUUCAGUCAAACGCUGAGCGUCAGCUGGCGUGUGGAUUUGAAGUUGGCUUGCGUUUUCGUCGGCAACCCUAAACCAAAUUCUGAAUGGAAAGUUUUAAAUGCACGUUCCAAAAAACAUUUUCGCCUUGAGGUGAGCAAUGACAAUACGUUAACCUUGCGAAAUAUACAACGUACACACGAGGGCAACUAUUCAUGUGUGGUACGUAACUCGAUUGGCUCUGAUCACAUUGUCUAUCAGGUAUUUGUGCAAGUACCGCCAUCUCCACCAAUGCUCUCUGUUAUCGGCAGCACAGCGAACUCAGUGUCGUUACAAUGGCGUGUCGACGAUAUAGGUGGCGCACCGCUUCGUGGUUUUACCAUGACUUUUCGCAAGGAAUUUGGUGAUUGGGAAGAGAUACAAUUGGACAGGCGUGUCAACUCUCAUCUAAUUGAGAACUUGGACUGUGGCACACGCUACCAAUUCAAUAUGGUGACAUUUAAUAAAAUUGGCACUAGUGAAACGAGCGCUAUUGAAACGGCGAAAACGAAAGGUAACAAACCAAUUGCGCCGCAUAAACAGAGCUUGAUACGGCCAAAUAUAACAUCAACACUGCUGGAGUUAUCCUCCUGGCAGGACGGUGGCUGUCCGAUACAGUAUUUCAGCAUUGAGUUUCGCCGCUAUGGCAUUUCUAGCGAUUGGAUAAUUGUCUCUAGUCGCAUAGAGACACACACACGCUACACAAUUGGUGAUCUGGAGCCGGGCACAGCUUACAACUUACGCAUUGCCGCGCACAAUAAUGCCGGAUCCACGAUUAAGGAGUACUACUUUGAAACAUUACACUUUAAUGGCCUUUCAGCCGAGUUGGAUCAUAGCGACUUGCCAGAGGUGCGGACACUCUUCCGCGAUGUACAUCUGAUAGCGGUGAUUAUCACAUCCGUAUUUGGCACAAUCUUGGCAAUAGUAGGCGCUUGUAUUUGCUUCAAGAACUAUCCUCGUCAACUAUUUGCACGGAAUGUCGACUCAAUGCGGCCGCAUGGCGCUGACGGCAAGGAUAUACAACAUCGUGAACAAUACUACGGUACGGUACGCAAAUCAUGCCAGCAAUCUCCACGUGAAUCGGUUGCUGGACUUGAACGCAUACCUGAAUACUCUGAAGAUAUCUAUCCUUACGCUACAUUCCAUUUACCAGAACAUGAAAAUCAAUCGGCUAACAUACCACUCAGCCGCAAGGGCGGACUGCCGGCCAUGUACGAUCCGCGUGGUGGUGGCGUUGCUGAUGACAAUACGCUCUCCAGUACGGGUGCUAAGGUGAAACGAUCGGUUUCGGCGGGUAUUGGCAGCAGCAGCUCUACUGCGAAUUUAGGCGGUGGACCGGGACAGGUGUCGGGUGAGUGUAGUCAUACGAAUACUGAGAAACGGCAUAAGCGACGCUCGAAAGCAAUCAAAUCGGAAUCGGAGGAAUAUGACAGCUUGAACAGUGAUAGUGAUUUGAGCGGAGAACGCAUGCGAGAGCGAGAGCGCGAACGUGAGGAAAAUCGCAGUGGACAUGAAUCCUCAUCGCAUCUAGAUGAUGGAGGCUAUAAUCCACGCGGCCACAGUCCGUGCAGUGGCGCAAAUGUCGGGGGCAAUAAAGAGCGUCUUUCAGUAUUCAGUAGGCCUCAACUUCAUAGUAACAGCAUGGACCCCGUGCCCUUCGACUACCGGCUCUUUGACCCGCCACCAAAACAGCCGAAACCAACAAUUGCCUGUGGUGCACAAUCACAAUCGCAUCACCAUCACCAACGACAAACAUCAGCAACAUCAACAUCCACAUCCGCAUCCACAUCUGCCCAAAAUCCAGCCAACCAUACAAAUAUGUCCAGCGGUCUAUCCGGUGGCAAAAUACGAACAAAAGAUACCGAUAAUAAUUCCAACAGCGGCAGUAACCUCCUCCUCUCCGGCGAAUUCCAAUACAGUACAACUAACAGCAUCCCCGCCCCGCAUAUUGUCCAGUCGGGUUCAUAUGUCGAAAUUCUGAAGCAUGCCGCACCACAUCCAACCAAUUUACAAACCAACAAUCAAACAGCGAUGCAAACACCAAAUGCCAAACGCUCUAACAGCGGUGGAGGUGUUGGUGCAAAUGGCGGUGGAAAAAAUGCUGUCGGCGGUGCAGCUUUGGCUUGCCACAACAAGAGCUAUGGUGAUUUUCUCACCAUUACACCAAGGCGCAAAGGAAAAUUACUCUCAUCCGGCUAUGGUGACAAGCAUGGUGGAUUGGUCGAUGGCAACAAUCAGGAUAAUUAUCGCCAUCAUUUACCAACCAGCAUUGAGCCACUACAUCUAUUGGGCAUACCCAAUGACAAUAUGUCCACAUUCUUUGACUAUCGCGCCAUGGAGACGCUCAGCAAUGCAGACACACUAGCGAUCGGCAGCAGCAUUUCUGGGCAUGCACACAACAAAGGCAAGGCGUAUGAUGCAGGAAUAACCUGUCUGAAUGCGAACAAUUAUGGCGAGUCUACACAGAGCAGCAGCAAUUCGGGCAUACCGGAUGAGUUUCAUAAUAUCAUUAGUGAGAAGAAUCUGAGUCCACCCUCAGCAUUCAGUGACAACAACAGCUGUCUGCCUAAAAGUAAAGGCUAAGUCUGCUUGCAGUUAGUAUGUUAGGAAAUUCAAUGAAGAUCAUCAUAUCAAAACUGAGGACACUAGAGAUAACCAAACUACGCUCUGCUUACAAGUAUGAACUGAAAAGAACUGAAGAAUUCUGCAUAUCAAUUGACGGACAUACACAAAUACAUUCCUGUUUACGUAGCGUCAUUGUAACGGUUAUACUAGAAUUACUUCAUACAUAAUCAAGUUAAGAAACAUUUAAUCGGGUUAGCACAUCAAUAAAACGAAACGAAGUUGAAACCAAAGACUUUACAAAAGCAUUUAACUACGAAACAAAUAGAAAUGUUAAGAUAUUUAACAAGCGAAAAACAACUACAAAGCGACGAAUGUGUAACAUUAAGCGACUGGUUUGAUUUUAAGAUCUCAAAAAUUAACAAAAAAAAUCCAUAUGUAACUCCUAGGGGCAAUAUUACAUUUAUAGAUCACGUAAGCCAAAAGUUGAAUUAGACCCUUUCAAAAAUAUAUGUACAUGUAUAAAUGGUUACAUCUCUAGAUACUAGUCUACUCGUAUAUGAUUAAAAACAACUUUUGUGUAAAAUAACUUAAAUUUACGGUACUAGCAGUAAGCAGUGAAGCAUAGUUCAAUUCAUUAGUCCUAAAUAUUUAUAGUUUUUACACAACAGUCAAUUCCAAUAAUCCAUCUCGGUAUUUUGUAGUCAUUUUAAUCUUUGAGGUAUAUAUAUAUUUUUUUUCAUUCGUUCUUUUCUAA